AUGGCUUCCAACUACUCUAUCUGUCGCAUUCCAGCCGUGCUGGCCAGACGUCAGCCGCGCAUCACUACUCUUACCUGUCGACGACUCAAUUCCUCCUCUGCUGUUCAGACCCAGAACCCUGCCUAUCCACUCUAUCCCUCUGUCAUCCAACUUCUCCAUGAAAAAGGCAUCCCCGAGUCCGAAGUAUCCCAGAUCCCCGCCUCCGGCCCCCGAGGCCGUCUCCUGAAGGGCGAUAUCCUGGCCUAUCUUGGCCUCAUCCCCGCAGACUACCCAUCCUCCCAAGCAUCCCGCCUUGCGAAGCUCGCCCACCUUGACCUAAGCAACAUCAAGCUGGCGCCGCCUCCCGCACCCCCCGCCGCCCCCGAACCAGCAGCGAUCGAGAAGCCUGUCGCUAAGCCGAUCCCCACAAUCUCAGUGGCCAUCUCCGUCUCUCUAGCCACAGUGCUAUCUGCACAGAAGAAGCUCCGCGACUCCGCCGGGGUGACCGUCCCACUCUCCACUUUCCUCGCGCGCGCCACAGACCUAGCAAACGACGAUCUGCCCCGAUCACCCUACGCCAAGCCGUCGGCCAACGAGCUCUUUAACGAGAUCCUCGGUGCGCAGCCCAUCAAGACCUCUCGCGGCGAAUACAUCCCCGAGCUGAACGCCCUCGACGCCCCCGCCGAGUUCGGAUUCCAAUCGCUCCAGCCCGUGAAGCAGGACAUCAUUGAUUUCCUCAGCGGCAGUGGAGUUGCCGCGAAGCGUUCUUCUUCCGCCCCAGUCGUGCAGUCUGACUCCUACGCUGAAUCCGCCCUCAAUGUAUUCAGCCUGACUGUGCCUGUUGGCGACGAGAAGAGGGCAAAGACUUUCCUGGAGCGCGUGAAGACUCUAUUGACAAUUGAGCCGGCCAGGCUGGUCCUAUAG